GCUGCGCAGCGUGAAAAGCGAGUUCUCUGUUCGUAAUAUCCCACGUAAUAUCGAUUGGACCAGUUUCCGAAGCAACAAAUAAUGCACUUCUGUUUCGCGAGUGCAAAGGUGAAAUAUUUUCAUUGCACUCAUCGCUGAUCGGCGUUGUGUUAAUCGGGCCAGUUAAGAGGUUGGUACGAAGCUUCCGAGGCAUGAUGAGGAGAUUGGGGUCGAUGCAUAUUUACAUGGCGAUAUGAAAUCGCCACUCCUUCGUAUCGGAUUUUUGACAGUCAAUCUUUUUUUUUGUUGAAACGAGUGCAACUGAAGUGCGAUAGUGAGGGAUUACAAAAUGAAGGCAAUCAACAUAAGUUCGUAAGGUAGUCAACCUUUCGACCGUCGCUGUGUAUCGGAUCGCGUGAAGUGUAUGGGAAAGUGUAUGGACUGCAAGUGGAUUUGAGGUGGUUCGAGGAAGAUAGAGAUAUCGAAAAGUUAUUAGUAGUAUCCAUCAGGUGUUUUGCAAGGAAUCCGUUUCGUGCUGAGCCACCGUGCCAAAAGCGAGUGUUUCGAUGAGUGAAUGUAACCGUGGGUGAGUUUCGCCUGUGAGCCAUUACCGUUGGGCAUGUGAAAAGUGAGUUUGCAUCAAACGAGAUGAGCAAUCUUGUGAGGUGGUGAACGUGAACGUGCAGCACGAUAGUGAGAAAGAUCGCGAAGGCAGAAGUUUUUUUUUCCAGUGUCCUUACUCCGAUAGAAUUGCUGUGAAUCACGAGUGAGUUUAGCUGCCGUUUCAGCGUUCAGUUUUCAGUGUUAGUGUUGUGAUCGAGUGUUUUUGUGCGCUUUGCGUUGUUCUACGGGCACUAAUUUUGUUAGAGGGGGUUUUGCAAAUCAACGAAACCGAUGGCGGCACUCUCCUCGCGAAGAUGGUUUCACCGUUCAGUAUCCGGCGUAGAAGCAGAAACAAUGCUAUUGGAACGCGGUUUCGAUGGCUCAUUUCUAGCACGGCAUUCCUCUUCCAGUCCUGGAGCUUUCACGUUGUCAGUAAGGCGUGGGCAAGAAGUGACGCACAUAAAAAUCCAGAACAAUGGAGAUUUUUUUGAUCUGUACGGUGGCGAAAAGUUUGCCACGCUGUCGGAGCUUGUGCAGUAUUAUAUGGAAAACGGUGGACAAUUGAAGGAAAAAAACGGUCAAAUAAUCGAACUGAAGCAACCGUUGAUUUGCGCGGAACCAACAACUGAACGAUGGUUCCAUGGUAAUCUGUCCGCAAAAGAGGCGGAAAAGCUUAUUCUGGAACGUGGCAAGAAUGGCUCGUUCCUAGUUCGAGAAUCUCAAAGCAAGUUGAGUGAUUUUGUCCUUUCGGUCCGGGCCGACGAUAAAGUGACGCACGUCAUGAUCCGAUGGCAUGAAAAAAUGUACGAUGUCGGUGGGGGGCAAAAGUUUGCGACCUUGUGCGACCUGAUCGAGUACUACAAGCGUAAUCCGAUGGUAGAGACCUGCGGCACCGUAGUCCAUCUGCGACAACCGUUCAAUGCGACGCGCAUUACGGCGGCAGGCAUCAACGACCGAGUCGAGCAGUUGCAGCGUGAAAAUGGAGGCCAGUCGUACGGCAAGGGUGGUUUUUGGGAGGAAUUUGAAUCUCUACAGCAGCAGGAGUGCCGGUACACAUUUUCGCGCCGCGAAGGUCAACGAAACGAGAACCGUGCCAAGAAUAGAUAUAAGAACAUAUUACCAUUUGACCACACGAGGGUGAAGUUGAAAGAUGUCGACAGCUUGAUUGCAGGCGCAGACUACAUCAAUGCGAACUACAUACGUCAGCCGACGGAGGCGGAGCAGAAUGAUAUGAGCUCGUCAUCUGAAAAUCUAUCGCAGUCUAGCGGCUUAGUAAACAAUGGCAGCAUUGCAGGAAUGCAGUUAAAUUCAUCAACUAACAAUAACUCCUCCAACGGUACCGCCUUGAACAACGGGAACACUUCUAGCUAUGGCGCAGGUUUAAUGCAGCCUACAAAGAAUUGUUCCAGCUGUCAGCUUUUGAAUAAACCUUGUGCUCAGUGCUCAUUAAAGGUCACCAAUGAGGGUGUGAAACAUAAGCGGAAUGAAUCGAUAACAUCGCGAAUGCAGUUGCAACAGCAGCAUUCGCCUCACAAAAGGGACGAAAAGGAUCUGUUCAAAACGUACAUCGCCACGCAAGGCUGCCUGGCGAACACGAUACAGGACUUCUGGAACAUGAUUUGGCAGGAGAAUACGCGCGUAAUCGUUAUGACGACCAAAGAGAUGGAGCGGGGCAAAAAGAAGUGCGAAAAAUACUGGCCCGAUCCGCAGCAAAACAAGGACUGGGGUAACGCGCGUGUUCGUUGCUUAAGUGAGACGAGCACAGCGGAUUACACUUUGCGGGAGUUUCUGCUGUCGUGGCGUGGCCAAGAUGAGCGGAAGAUCUACCAGUAUCACUUCCAAGUGUGGCCCGAUCAUGGAGUCCCAGGGGACCCAGGUUGUGUGUUAAAUUUUUUGCAAGAUGUUAACACUCGCCAGGCUCAGUUGCAGCUUGAAGGACUCUUGCCCGGUCCAAUAUGCGUGCAUUGCUCAGCCGGCAUCGGGCGAACCGGUACGUUUAUUGUGAUCGAUAUGAUUUUGGAUCAAAUUCUGCGCCAAGGGCAUGAAUGUGAGAUCGAUAUUCAACGAACAAUCCAGAUGGUGCGAUCACAGAGGUCUGGAAUGGUUCAAACGGAAGCCCAGUAUAAAUUCGUGUACUUUGCCGUUCAACACUACAUCCAGACGUUACUUCAGCGGAAGCAAGCCGAGCAACAAAGCUUGCAAGUCGGUCGCGAAUACACCAAUAUUAAAUCGACAUCUGAUUCACAGUUGCCACUGCCACGGGCUGUGAAUGAUUUAAAUAACUCAUUAUCAGUAUAUGAGAACAUUCCCAAAGAAAUUGUACGUGCACCACCGCCGACACCACCGAGGAAAUCAUGACAAAUGGAUUUUUAGAAACUAUAAGGCAUAAACUGUGAAAAAGUGAACAUAAAAUGUGAAAUUUCUUCCUAAUUCUUUUACGUUCUUGGUUGUGUACGGCCGAAUAAGUUUUUCUCAAUGCUUUGACGACUUUUCUUCCGUUCAGUUUGAACUAAAACUCCAAUAUUAUUCUUAUCAAUUACAGCUUGACAUAAUAAGUGUGAAUGUGGAGAUAUAUUUGUUACGAAAACAAAAUGAUCACAGUGCGCACAUUCUUCUGCUACUCUGCUCUUGUUAUUAUUCAAAUUCCGUGUUUGUUUUCUAUUACACGCUUUACAAAUUUAAAGAAAAAACAUAGAAGUAAUGAAACAAAUCAAGCUAACACAUCAGAUCAAAAGCACCAGCAACUUCCCAGAAGUUCGAAGAUGUCGUUAAGCAAAUUGGUUUCAAACCCAGCAAUCAUAGAUUUUGUAGAAUGCGCGCAACUGCAAAUAAAGAAGGAAAUAAUCGUAAUGGUAGUUUGUUUCAUAUUAAUGCUGUUUUGUUUGCUCUUAUUCUUAUUUCGCCUUCUGUAACAAACUGUCCAUAAAAUAUAAAACAUUAAACAUAUAUGAAACGUUAAGCCUAAUCCUAAUAUGUGCCAGAAUUGAUGGGCAUAAAGAAAAAUACAAUCGAAAUGAAAAGCAGAAAUAAAUGUGUUACAAGCUUUAAUUGUGAUUACCAGUGUCGGUAAAUAAAAUACAGAUUGUAAAACUCCGUAUUUGUGAAUCAACAUCGCCUCACGUGUUAAGCAAACUAAAACGCCAGAAAUCCCUUCGUAUGAGAUGUUAAAGCAUUACUAUCAAUGUGCAUAGAUGUGUAACGCUUAUUAGUAAUCGAUUGCUAAACAAACUAAAGUGUGGUUUAACUAUGUUGGGAUAAAACAGAAAAUGAAUCAGCUGGAACAAGAACAAAUUAUACGAUGGCCAAUACCAAGCAAAUCCAAUUGAAUAGAAUAGUAUAAAGAAUUGUAACGAAAGUCCGUAGUCUUCAAGUGAGCAUCUCAUGUUUGAAAUUAAAGACAACAAAACAAAUAGAAACUGUAAACAAGAAGUAAUUAUUUUUGUAUACUAGUAAUUAAUUGUGUGAAGAAGCGUGUCUGGAAUAUUAUACAAAAGAUUGUGGUCGCUAUUUAAAAUAUUUCCAGUGACCUUCACGGAAUACUUAAUAGGCGUGAACAGAUCAAAGAACAAUACUGUUUAAAGGUACAAGAAAAAUAAUUGACCUAACGCUAGGACCAGGCUCAGAGAGAGAGAUGCAGCACCGUUUUCUAAGAAGUGAACCAUGAAGACAAUGUUUUGAAUACAAUGUUUGACAAAGUAUGCACUCUGUACCAUUUCGUAUAAUUUUCAGUUUCAACAUGUUGCAGUGUUUCGAUAUUACGGUUUUGUUCAACAUAGUGAUAAGAGUAUAUUUAACAGUGCUAAUUUAAAAGUAACGAUCAACGGAUCAUGAGUUCAGCUUUUUUUGUACUGUUGCUUGUAUCAGAAAGGGAAUUUCAAGGUACUUUUAAGUACUACAUUGUUUUAAAUAUGUUUAACAUAUUAAUUUUCUCAAUCAUGUUAUUAUUACUUUUACUAUCGCUACGUUUUACCUCUUCAAUUUAUUCAUUCAAGCAAGCGCAAGCAUGGGCUAUGUUGUGCUUGAAACUUCGAUUACAUGUUACUUCCGUUUCCAAUGGUUUAGGUUGAAGCCUACACCCAGUGAGUGUUUUUGUUGUUAACUUUAGUUAUAAUUAUGAAAUUAAGAGAAAAAUUACCAAAAACAUUCAUCUAAUCCUAUCUGAAGGUUCACCUUUGGCAGCCUUACGACGAAAGUAGGCAAACAAAUUAUUUAAAACCAUGCAAAACACACUAUUUUGGAAACGAAUAAAAAGAACACGUUGACAUAUUGAUCUUGAGAAUAAGAUUAAAAAGAAUGUGAUGUAAAGGUUAAUAGAAUCAGCAAUUGAGAGAUUUGUCCUAGGAAAGGUCAUAGGAUCGAACAGUUAAUAUCUGUUUAAUUUAAAAUAGUCCUCAUAAAGAUUAUCUUUGUCGUCUACUUUCUCUUGUUCGGUUGAAGAUAAAAUGAUAUAAGUUAUUUGAAAGCGAAUAUUGUGAACCUGUACUGUGUGUAAAUCUGUGUUGACAAUGUUGGCGAACAUUUAUAAAGGGAAAAUUGUGGUAGAACAGAUAAACAGGAAAUUAGGAACAU